GUUGACGCUAAGACAGCAUCAGGAGGAGAGCUACCAAUAAUCGGAGAGUUUAAUGCAAACAUCAUCAUCGGAGAAAAGCAGCGUCGAGAAACGAUAUAUGUGUCUCAAGCGGAUUUGAGACUACUGGGCACGGAUUUAGUCGAGGCAUUUUCUUUGUGGUCAGUGCCUAUUGACCAGAUAUGCAACGUCAUUCAUACAUCGAGUGUUAAGGAUUUGGAACAACGAUUUCCCCGCCUUUUUGGAGCUGGUAUGGGUCUAUGUACAAAAGGAAACGUUAAUCUGCAACUGAAGGAGCAUUGCCGUCCAGUUUUCUGCCCUAAGCGUCCAGUUGCGUACGCAAUGCUCGACGCAGUUGAUAAAGAGCUCGACAGGUUGCAGCAAUUGGGAGUAAUCACACCGGUAGACUAUUCUGAUUGGGCUGCGCCGAUUGUUGUGGUACGGAAAGCAAACGGCCAAAUAAGGAUCUGUGGAGAUUACUCGACCGGGCUUAAUGGAGCAUUGCAUCCCCAGGAGUACCCGCUUCCGUUACCAGCAGAUAUAUUCGCCAAACUAGGUAAUUGUACUCAUUUUACGCAAAUUGAUUUAACGGAUGCUUUCCUUCAGGUCGAAAUCGCAGAGCAGAGCCGGAGUCUCUUGACGAUCAACACACACAAAGGGUUGUAUUCCUACAACAGACUGCCACCGGGUAUCAAGGUAGCCCCCGCUGCAUUCCAACAACUGAUGGACAAGAUGCUUGUUGGUCUACGUGGCGUCUCCAGCUAUAUGGACGACAUCAUUGUCGGAGUUAGGAAUCAAGAAGAGCACGAUGAAACUCUGCUUCAAACCCUAGGUCGUAUUCAGGAGUACGGUUUUACAAUCCGUGUCGAUAAAUGCUCGUUCAAUAAGUCACAAAUAAGAUAUCUAGGGCACAUAAUAGAUAGAAACGGCAUCAGUCCCGAUCCAUCCAAAGUAGAAGCGAUCAUUAAUCUGCCAGCACCGUCAGACGUCAGCGAAGUACGAUCAUUUCUUGGGGCGCUUAAUUACUAUGGUCGUUUCAUCCCAAAUCUGCGUAAUCUACGAAACCCACUAGAUGCAUUGUUGAAGGAAGGGAAACAAUUUGAUUGGUCAGCAGAGUGCCAGAAGGUCUUCGAAAAGUUCAAAACUAUAUUAUCGUCAAACCUAGCGUUAACCCACUACGAUCCACGAUUCGAGAUAAUAGUAUCAGCUGAUGCGUCUUCUGUUGGUCUAGGAGCAACCUUAAGUCACAGGAUGCCCGACGGUACUAUGAAAGUUGUGCAACAUGCAUCAAGAUCGCUUACAAAAGCCGAGCAAGGAUAUAGUCAGAUCGAUCGGGAAGGGUUAUCAAUCAUUUUUGCGGUAACCAAAUUCCACAAAAUGAUAUUUGGUCGACAUUUUCGCCUUCAAACAGACCACAGGCCUCUUUUGAGAAUAUUUGGUAACAAGAAAGGAAUACCUGUUUACACUGCUAACAGAUUGCAGCGUUUUACCCUAACCCUUCUAAUGUACGAUUUUCAAAUCGAAUAUAUUUCCACGGAAAAUUUUGGCAAUGCCGACAUAUUAUCACGACUAAUAAGCAAGCACAACAAGCCAGAUGAAGAUUAUAUUAUAGCUAAUUUGGAAUUGGAGAGGGAUGUAAAGUCAGUCGUCAUCAGUAAUAUUUCAUCCUUACCAAUUAGCUUCAUGGAGAUCGCCAAACAGACACUAAAAGAUCCCAUUUUAUGCAAAAUAUUUCAUUUUAUACAAAAGGGCUGGCCCCAAAAUACUACUUAUGCAGGAGAAUUAUCACGAUUUUAUGCGAGAAGAGAAGCCCUAUCAGCAGUAGAAAAUUGUAUUUUAUUCGGAGAGAGAGUCGUAAUUCCAAAUAUUCUGCAGCAAAGAUGCCUUAGGCAAUUUCACCGUGGACACCCUGGCAUUCAAAGAAUGAAAUCGUUAGCUCGUAGCUACGUAUACUGGCCUUCAAUAGAUAGUAAUAUAAGCGAAUGCGUAGCUUCUUGCGAGAAAUGUCAAACUGCAGCGAAAACACCAGCACAUUCACCUCAUGUUCCUUGGCCUAAAUCGUCAUCUCCAUGGCAGAGAGUUCAUAUCGAUUAUGCAGGCCCAGUAGAGGGAGAUUAUUUCCUUAUAAUCGUAGAUGCUUACUCCAAAUGGCCAGAGGUUAUUAAAACAUCAAGUACUACUGCUUCAGCGACCAUAGCAAUUUUAAGAGGAAUAUUUGCACGUUUUGGCAUUCCAGUUACACUGGUGAGUGAUAAUGGGACGCAAUUUACAAGCGGAAUUUUUGCAGAUUUUUGCACAAGUAAUGGCAUACAACAUUUAAGAACGGCACCUUUUCAUCCUCAAUCUAACGGCCAAGCUGAGAGGUUCGUAGAUACGUUCAAGAGAGCAAUGAAAAAGAUUUGUUCAGAUGAUACUUCGCUUCCUGAGGCAAUAGAUUUAUUUUUGCAAACAUAUCGAUCCACUCCAAACCCAGCCAUUGAUGAAAACAAAUCACCAGCCGAGGUCAUGUUAGGGCGUCAAAUGCGCACAUGUUUUGACUUGUUGCGGCCCACUGCUAUUUCCAAUGAGCCUAGAGUACCGGAUAAUAUGAGGGUUUUGCAUUGUGGAGAACUGGUAUACGUCAAAACGUUUUAUAGAAACAAUUGGAAAUGGGAGCCUGCAAUUGUAACAAAGAGAUGCGGUAGCGUUAUGUACGAGGUUAAAACUAGUUUCCAGCGUAUACUUCGUAGGCAUAUAAACCAAAUGCGCAGGCGUUCUGUAAGCUUCCAUCAAUCAAAUCGUCCUUCACAACCCAUGGCGUUGGAUGUACUCUUGGGAACGUGGAAUGUACAGCCAAGAACAUCACCGAUAUCCCGCGACGUAAAUCAGUGUACGCCAUUGCUAUCGUCUGUGUCGUCACCCAAUUCUAAGCCAGCAUCGUUCGCGUCUUCACCGUCAUCGUCACCAUCGUCUACAUUAUUAUCUACGUCUGAGUCAGCAUCGUCCACGUCCUCACCGUCAUCGUCAUCAUCGUUGUAUGAUUCGUCUUCAGUGUACACAUCAUGUUCACCGACACCUGAAGAAGAAUCUCCUGUCCUGUUAGCUGAUAACAGUUCUGCCGAGCAAUUGGAAGAUGAUAAUGGGGGAACGCAACUGGUACAAGCACCACGUCGAUCUUCUAGAAAUAAAAGACCUCCACGUUGGUUGAACCAGUACCAGCUAUCUUAACAGGGGGAGAUGUUGUGGACAGAACCAGCAUCGCGCGACAUUGCCACUCUGGGUUGUUCGCUAUAAGCGACAACCGUUGACGUUGGUAGCCAUCAGCGAUACAGGCGCGGCCAUCGCGAUCGUGUCGCAGGACACGAAGCCGGGACGACGACCCGAGAAAACGAGAGUGGCACUUCAAGUCGGAUGAUCAAGCGGUUAGGUGCAUGCGUGCGGUUGGGGAGGUGUUUGGUAUA